AUCUUCAUCCCUCGGAGUGAACUUCUCUCCAUCGCUUGCUGCCACCUCUUGGGCCUCAGCCUGCCCACCAUGGCUCUCUGGAUCCGAUCACUGCCUCUCCUGGCCCUCCUGGCCGUCUCCAGCCCCGGGAGCAGCCACGGGGCUGUCAACCAGCACCUCUGCGGCUCCCACUUGGUGGAAGCUCUGUACCUGGUGUGUGGGGAGCGGGGCUUCUUCUACCAACCCAAAGCCCGGCGGGAUGUUGAGCAGCCUCUAGUGAGCGGUCCCUUGCAUGGUGAGCUGGGAGAGCUGCCCUUCCAGCAGGAGGAGUUUGAGAAGGUGAAGCGAGGGAUCGUUGAGCAAUGCUGCCACAACACCUGCUCCCUCUACCAGCUGGAAAACUACUGCAACUAG